GCCAUGUAGUACAUCGCGGCCACGGGCUCAGUGGUCCCGUCAAGCUGGUCGAUGGGCCUUUGCCCGAAUCCGGCCCGCUUGACGGCGGUCUCGAAGGAACUGAUCGUGGCUUCGGGCCACGUUAUAGGCCUGGUCAUGGUCAGAAUCAAGGGCUGCCUCGCGGGGUCUUCGGAGCCGCAGAGCCGAAGCACUGCUUGGAAGAUGGGGCUGAGGAAGUCGUCGACGGUGACGUCGAUCUCGUUCUUGCCAUUGGGAAGCCGUAAGACACCCAGGUUCCAGGCCCCCAUUCAUCUUUUGGUCGCUGUACUCGGUGAAGGCUGCAGCGCGGUUGUAGUGCAGCUUAAACCAAGAGGAGGCAGUCAUGCCUGGUUGGACGCGAAAUCCCCAAACGAAAUCAUCGUUGCCAAAGCCAAAGUGUCCGUGGUUCUCGUUUCUAUACGCAAUUCGCGUAGGGACCUUGGUUUCGGGUCCGCCAGAUGGCCACUGCGAUGUUGUGAAAACCGUCCCGCAACGGUUGGGAUUCGAUUUCAGAGGCUUUGAGUAGGAGACGGCUAGAAGAGCAAUAACGUUAGCAGUGGGUGAGGGCGACCAAACCAGAGUGUAUACCAGUGCCGUAUGUCCCCAUGUCGAUGCCAACAACAAUCGGUGCGUUCAUCUUGAUCUCGGAGCUUGAUCGACUGGUUUGGCUAUCAAAUUUGACGGGAGGAAAUCGUUGGAUAAAGAAAAGUCCAGACCUGUUGAUGGGAUCGACUUGGGGAGAAGAAGGAAACCGUAGGUGGGAAACGUCUUGGGUCUUAGACCUUUCUUUCCUCUCCUCUUGCUCUGCGUGAAACAUCGCUGGAAAAGGAAAGUGGUUUCGGAAGUUUGCGUACGUUGGGCAAUGGCCCAUGACUAUCCAAGCCGUCUGUGAAAUGAUGUUGCCCGUUUGUUCCAUUAACUCGACACCGAGAUGAACGGGAUGAGUUGCAGGGCCCAAGGAUCAACAUCCUCACCUUUGAAGACGGCUCCAAGCCCUUUGCGCAUCCCAUCUCGUGCUAGUCUUGGCCACCGGGUCCUUUGAACAUCAACAAAGAAGCAAAGCCACGACCCAAAAUAGCUGUUCAUCGAUCCAGGCCGCCUCUUUCUCCCGGCGCUGGACUUAAAUCCCCGACCGUGUCUCGGAUCUCGACAGGAUGCAAAGUUCCGCAUUCCUUCCCACCGACUGCCAAUCCUCCAGCCAUCGCCAUCGCCAUCGCCAUCGCCAUCGCCAUCGCCCCCUCACCGCUCAAGCCAGCAGAUUCCAUAAUGGGCACCGCCAGGAGAAUCAUUGACAAACGCAGGAAAAAAGUCAAACAGCCUCCUCGAUCCUCUUCCCACCAGAAUCGGUCCAACAAACCCGCCAUGAGCGAAGCCACGAGCGAGAAGGAGGAUCCCAAAAUUCCUCCUCGACAAUUUUUCCAGCACACCAAUGUCUACAAUUGCAUGGUUGAUGAAAGCGCCCCGGUCGAAACGCAGCUCGAGCAACUGAAAGCCCGCUACAUCGCCCUCGCACACAACAUCGGCCAGUUUUUUGACGAGGAGGAGUUCCUGACCUCUCACACCCCCGACGAAUGGGCCCGAACGAUGCCUGCCUACUGGCCAAAGGAGUUUCACUAUGCGUGGUAUUGUGCCGGCGCGUUCAGCCAUAACUGGGCUUACAAAUCGCUCAGCGAUAUGAAGUGGACCAAAGCACAGAAAAAACAGCUUGUUGCUAGCCUUGAUGGCUACAUUGUGCAGGAAGAUUUCGACAGCAUUAUCUCGCGCCUUAGCCACAGGGAUUGCUCCGGGUUCCCGGAUCGGCUAGCAACGGCUUUCUUGAUGAAAAGGGUCAUUAAGGAAUUUUUUCAGCACCCGUUCUGGUAUGUUGAAGUUCUACUAGAGGGACGAGAGAUCUCAGGGGACGCCGAGUGGCAGGGUGUCUCUCCUUACGGCGUAGUUCUGGAGGACCUAUUCGCACAAUUCCAGACUGUCAACAUCCAGUAUGCCCGCAUCUGGCGCAGCCUAACGACCCGCCUCUGCAACCAAAAGGACCGUCCCGCGGAUUACGAAAAGAACCUCCGCGCCCGUCGAUGGGCUCGGUGUCGUUCCCUGGCCCAGCAACUUCUCGUCGACAACGUCUUCAAGCACCUGUUGAAGCCCACAACGGACCUGGCGGCCAGGGAGAACUUGCUCGCGAGGGAACUCGGGCAGAUCUCGGAUAUCGCCGCCAACAUGCACUCGCAGAAUCCAUGCCUGCGGUAUCAUACCCUCCAUGAUCUUUCGCCGCGCUUCGACCGUGCCUCGGGUACCAUGAAGGCCUACACCCACGUGGAGGUUGAGGCGGCGGAGUGGCAGGAUCGGUGGGAGGGGGGCCAGGGGAUCGACACCAGCCUUGACGGGCGCCGCCCGCUGCUCAUCGAACAUCCGUACGUCUUCCGCGUGGGAAACCUUUAUGGAGUGGAGGAAGAAGAGAUGGCCAUCUGCCCUGCCCCCGCUAUACUGGAGGAUCCCGAGGCCAGCGAGAACAAAGACCACUGAGAUUUCGUUCGAAAUGCUGGAUCGGAACAGCUAGCCAAACUCACCCUUUGCUUUCUGCUAUUCUGUUUCUUUUUUUUGUUUUGAUUUUAUUUUAUUGUUCCCUUCCACGGGAAGUCCACUCUCUUUCUCAUCAGUUCGUGUGCCUUUUGCCCUUGGACGACGAGGUUCCAAUCCUUGUGGUACCGACCCCGCUUCAUCAUGGCCACUUAAUCUUUCCACAGUCUUUACCAAUAUUAGCUCUUACGUCUUCCUAUCAAGUCCCUAUGUUGUAACUAGUCCAUUGUAGGUUAAGUGUGGUAGGAUAGAG